GAAAUCUCAAACUUGUACCGCUGCUACUGCUUAUAUGCUCAGAAUUUUCAAACUCAUUAAACAACUCAAACAAACUUAAAAUUGAAUCAAAAACAAUACCAAGAAACAGAAAAUUCGAAGACAUUGUUCGAGAUUAAAAGCAAUUAAAGAUGGCGACAGAUGAUCAAGAAAUUUCAGAAGGAACCGUACAGAACAUACUAGAACAAGAUACGCUCAAGUGGGUUUUUGUCGGAGGCAAAGGCGGUGUCGGCAAAACGACAUGCAGUUCGAUUCUCUCGAUCCUUUUAGCUAGGGUUAGAUCUUCCGUUCUUAUUAUUUCCACUGAUCCAGCUCACAAUCUCAGCGAUGCCUUUCAACAGCGGUUCACCAAGACUCCAACCUUGGUCAAUGGAUUCACCAAUCUUUUCGCCAUGGAAGUGGAUCCUAAUGUUGAGAAUGAAGAUGUAGGUGGAAGUGAUGGGAUGGACAAUGUGUUUUCGGAGUUAGCUAAUGCGAUUCCUGGAAUUGAUGAGGCUAUGAGUUUUGCGGAAAUGUUGAAAUUGGUUCAGACAAUGGAUUAUUCUGUUAUUGUAUUUGAUACAGCUCCAACUGGUCAUACACUCCGGCUACUGCAAUUCCCUUCAACCUUAGAGAAGGGGCUUCAAAAGAUGAUGUCUUUGAAAAGUAAAUUUGGCGGCUUAUUGAAUCAGAUGACCCGUCUCUUUGGUAUUGAUGAUGAAUUCGGGGAAGAUGCUCUUUUGGGAAGGCUUGAGGGCAUGAAAGACGUAAUUGAGCAAGUGAACAAGCAAUUUAAAGACCCCGAUUUGACUACUUUUGUCUGCGUUUGUAUUCCGGAGUUCCUCUCUCUCUAUGAAACAGAAAGACUGGUUCAAGAACUUACCAAGUUUGAGAUUGAUACGCAUAACAUUAUCAUUAACCAAGUCCUUUAUGACGAAGAAGGGUGUGAAUCCAAACUACUCAAAGCAAGGAUGCGGAUGCAACAAAAGUAUCUGGAUCAGUUUUACAUGCUGUAUGAUGACUUUAACAUCACCAAGCUCCCAUUGCUGCCAGAAGAGGUUACUGGAGUUGAAGCUUUGAAAGGUUUCUCAACUCAUUUUGUGAGCCCAUAUGAACCUACCAGAAGUCAAGGCACAGUUGAAGAGUUGGAAGCACGAGUAUCUUCCUUGAGGCUGCGGUUGACAGAUGCUGAAGCAGAACUCGAGAAACUCCGGAAAGGAAAGCAAUUGGCUUAAUUGUGUCUGCUCACCCUUUUUAUUUAUGAUUUUCCAAGUAAAUGGCAUCUCCUCAGUUCAACUACCAAACAGAUGGAUCCAUCCUCUGCAUCACGUCCUGCGUAGAUUAAUUUAUGAUUUUUUUUUGUAGAUGGAUUUAUUUAUCGAUUUUUUUGGUACCUUUCACUAGACAAUAAGCGGUAUUCUUGUUUCGUUCUAUGCCGGGCUAAGUCGACCUUUUUUUUUCUUUCAGUGUACCAUUUAGAAUAUGAAGGGAAAUAGCAGAUAUUCAAAAUAGAAAUUUCACUUUUGUGCUGCUUUGAUGGCUCAA